AUCUUACUAUAAUCUAUCAUAAUCUUACUAUAAUCUAUCAUAAUCUUACUAUAAUCUAUCAUAAUCUUACUAUAAUCUAUCAUAAUCUUACUAUAAUCUAAGAAGAGAAAGCUCUCGGAGUGCCAACAGAUCAUCGACGAUAUCACAGGAUCCUUGGCGCCAGAGCUCCCACCAAUGGACUUAAGCCUAGAUUAUCCCGAAGACACUCUUGGUGACAGGCUGAGUGCAUCUGCAUAGCGCACUUCGAUGUUACUUUGAUGAGUGACUUGGAGGGCAUCUGAUGCACUUCGUGGAUAGAGACGGAUAGAAUCAAAUCAAGCAGAUGCACUGGAGAUGCAUAUAUAAAGCACAUAGGUUGACCAUGGGCUAGUAACGAAACUCGUAGAUUAAUACACAGAUUGACGAUAGAAUAGUCAACCCUAGCAAACGCCCCAACGAUAAGACAUACAGACACGAGGACAGCGAUGAGACUGCGUCUGGCGCUAUGGUUGGCCAUAGCGUGUCUGCUGGCGACUCUGCCCCUGUCUCUGCUGGCCUUCAAGAGCCUCUGGUCUGCAGCAGGGCUGACGAUCGACCGCUAUCUCAGCCAAUGGCUCGACGACCGAAUCAACUACAGCUAUUUCGACGACGUCCCAGAGGGAGUCUUGCCGGUCAACAAGAGGCCCUUCUCCGCGACGGUCCUUCAACGCCUCCGGAAGCUAGUUCGGCCCACUCAGGAGCUUCGAAGUCGCAAAGUGGUGCUCUUCUGGACUUCGUGGUUCAGAAGGGCGUGGUGGGGACACCUUCGUGGUGGUUUGGAUCUAGAAGCCGCCGGCUGUCCGGAAACACGAUGCCACUUCACCCACGAUCGGUCUCUACUUCAGGAGGCCACGAUUGUCCUCUUCCAGGCUGAAGGAGUUCGCGUCGAAGACCUACCCAGCGGAAGGCGUCCGGGAGACCAACGCUGGGUCUGGGUGCAUGUUGAGGCGCCACCGGCAUCUUCGCGGGCUUUUUCGAAGCUCCAACGGCUCCAGACUGGAGACCCCAGACGGCUACACCAGGACCUGAGUCCUCUCUUCAACUGGACCAUGACUUACCACCCGAACUCGGAGCUGAUGGAGCCCUACGGAGCCCUCCUUCCUGUGGCCCUGGAGGCCCCCACAAGGGCUACGGAGCCGCUUGGGCCUGCCUCGUCCACCAGGGGGGGCGGCGACACCCAUUCCUUGCGGCCUGCCCUGCUGGAUCACCAGAAUUCAGCCUAUAAGGCCUACCUCGAGGCGCUGGUUCAAGGGUCCUCUCUGGAGGAGGUUGUGGGCAGGUCUUGGGUCUCCUUCGUUGAUAGUGAUGCAGAGGGCAUGGAGGAUGCGUGGAGGCGGAUCCUCACCCGCCCGCGGCUGGUGGCGUGGAUGUCAUCCAAAUGUCACACGCCAUCCAGACGGGAGGAUUACGUGGCUGAAUUGCAACAUCACGUGGCUGUAGAUGUUUAUGGUAAAUGUGGCAACCUCAGGUGUGGAGCCCGGGUGAAGCACCGAGACGACAGCUGCUGGCGACAGGUUUUGGCUCCGAAGUACCUUUUCUACCUGGCCUUCGAGAACGCCGCAUGCGACAGCUACAUCACCGAAAAAGUAUGGCGGCCACUGAUUCACGGCGUCGUCCCUAUAGUGUUGGGAGGAGCCAAUUACUCCAACUUCCUUCCUCCGAACUCGUACAUCGACGCGCUUAAAUUCACCCCGAGAGAGUUAGCCGAAGUCAUGAUGCAGCUACAGGCUUCGCCAGAUGACUAUGCUCGGUAUCACCUCUGGAGAGGGUUCUGGAGACCUACCUUGCGGACACCUUUGUGUGAGUUGUGCUUCAGGGCUCACGAGGACACGGAGGAGACAACCCAGGUGGACAUCUCCGGCUGGUGGAGGACGGUAGGACACUGCCGGGAUCCUAUGGCCGGCAGGGACAUCGCGUGACUAUUGUUUGAGGAUGGUAGUGGGUCGACCUGCCCCUAUCACCCGUCCUGACACCUGCCAGGCUGCUCACUUAAUGACACACUACGGUAAUUAGCAGUUCAAUAGUGGUUACAGUCACUGUGCAUGUGUACUCUCGUGGUUGUUCUUACCUACAUGUGCUUGCGGGGGUUGAACUUUGGCCCUUUGG